UACAUGUUAUAAUAUCGUCGAAUUAUUAAUUUUGCACGAGAAUACGUUUAAAUCGUUAUUUGGAUUAGUUUGAGCUGUUGCAAUUAUAACGCGUCGUUUCGAAAUGGCGUCGAAUUUUACGCACUGCGACACGUUCCCCGGCGGGCGGAGGAGUACGGUGUGAGAGUGUACCUUUUACUCUAAGUCGAGGAAGGUGUGGGAUUGCAGAGACGAAAAGACAACGUGUGGCAUGACUCGUGACGAAAUUUACUCCUUUGUCUAUCUUCUUUUGGUUCCGGUAUCUUAUAUGUUUAAUCGGUUAAUACCUUAAACAGGUGGAGAAGACAUCGGAAUCGUCAUGCCCUCGCGGGUGUUUUGUGGCAGCGUCAUGCCGGAAUGCGAAUAUUUGCUCCCAUCGGACGGCGUAGAUGACGUCAUUGGGUGUUGUGGCACCUACGUUGGUUCUUCUGGUGGAGAAGACAUGUGGAAGGAUAUGGAAAAUACCGAUUUGUCUUGGAAACCCCCCUUGCUGACUCCUCCACGUUCUCCUCACAACGAUGUGUCGGACGGACCGGAACUGGGGGAAGUGUGGGGUUUGAAGAGCGAAGUGCAGCACGACUGCAUGUGGUCGGGACAGUGUACGGAAGACUGUAAGCAGAGGACAGUUUCGCGCCCUCGUACCAAAUCUGUGUCGGACGAGGGCUACUGCAAUCCUUUGGCCGUCUGUGAUCGUUCUGUGACAUCGUUUGUUAUCGGCGCGCCGAUUGGCGUCGCCUUCGAAUACGGGGACUUGACCGACAACUACACGCCUCUCAGCGAUCACUGUUACUCUCAAUCGAGGGAAGAACAACGUAGUAAUUCUCCUGUAGUCAUCCUCAGCGACACUCCUUCCGAUUCAGACAGCGAGAUCGACGUGGUUACCGUUCAGGCGCAGAACUUCGAGGAGGACACAGCGACCGACGCAAUACGUUCCAAGCAGUGCGGUCGUCGCAACACCUUCGACGCGAAGCGUCGCGUGGAUUGCGUAGGAAGUAGCAGCAGCAGCAGUAGUAGCAGCAGCAGUAGCAGCAGGUCGAGUUCGGAUUCGGAGGACACGGAGAAGCGCAGCCAACACAAUCACAUGGAGCGCAAGAGAAGGGACGAUCUACGCUUUGCCUUCCAGCACCUGCGCGACAAUGUACCGGAGUUACGCGACAACAGCAAGGCCCCCAAGGUGUUGAUCCUCUCACGAGCCACCGCCUACGUCCGACAGUUGACCUCCACCGGCAACGCCCUCGAAAGGACACUACGCUGCGAGAGCAAGAGGAAGAACGAUUUGGAGCGACGAUUGCGCCAACUCAGGCAGUCCCUCCAGUAGUGUGGGACUCGGCGCAAAAAAAUCCUUCGUAUAUAAUAUUAUUAUUAUUAAUUUUUUUUUUUCGUUUUUUAUUUUGUGUUUUGUGUGUGUGCGCGUAUAAAGUCCUGAUUCAUCUAGUCCCGAUCGCGGUCUCGACGGAGCCGUCACCUGGUGGCGUGUGUACGUGGCGCGCGCGAGCGCGGCCAACGGUCCCCCGAUGCGGCACGUACCGUACAACCCACCUUUUUUUUCGUCAAGUGUUUGCGUGUACCAAGGUGUUCUGGCUGGUGUACGGGGAACAUAACUACCGAAUUUUUCCUUUUGUUUUUUUUAAUUUUGUGUUUACCUUCCCCUUAGUUUCCGUUUCCCCCGAUCGCGCGGGUUCGGAUGUUUUCUUUCUCCUUCGGAAAAAAAAUCUGUCAAUCGGUCGUGCCUUCUAUCGUUUUCGUUUUCUAAGAUGUAUGUAGGUCACGUGCGGCAAUUAGUCUCAGGAAAAGUGUGUUUUAAUUUAACUGUACGUGUCGGAAGUACACACUACUACUACUACAACUACUAAUACCUAAAAAACGAAAUAUUAGUGCACCCGUUCGUUUAUCGAAGGGGGAUUUUCCUACCUUAAUCUUUAAUGUAUAUACGUAAAUUGUAUAUAUAAAUAUUAUAUAUAUAUUAUAUAUAAAUAUUAUUAUCCAUGUGAGAAUUUGGUUUAGUUGGCCUUCAGGCUGUGCAUAAUCCUUCGUUUUUUUUUUUUUUAAAUUUUUUUCUUUUUGUUUUUUGCUAAUUUCGACAUAGGCCUAGAGUUGUAAUUAUAAGAGAAGUCGGCUUAUGAUAAUACUUUUUAUCGAAUUGUAAAAAAAAAGACAAUAAAAUGCCAGAGUUUUUAUUGAGUUUUAA